GAAGCCCUCGCGUGUUUCGUACGUGGCUGCGUUGUCUGAUGCGGAGAGAUCGUGCGGUUGGAUAGCUUACUGCGAAGGGAUAACCCCAGCAUGCACGUGUCUCUGUGAGGAGUGAGAGAAGUACAAACAAGGGGAGAGUGAAAGAGAGAGCGAGAUGAAAAAUUGAGACCACUGGUGAGGCUGGGAUCGCAUCUUACCUACAUUACCCUCAUCUCAUUCACUCAGGCAGCUACGUUCAAGCUAAGACGACGUACCCGGCUUCGCCUCUUGGAGCUCUGAUCCAGUCGCCACAUCACCACCACCACCACCAUCAUCAUCAUCUCUUCCAAGUUGAGAGCGGAAUCGAGAAGCUAAGUUUACCACCAGAAGUGCACAGAGGAGAUUGUGUCAUGAAACAGGAUUUGUUUAUGGGAGGACCUCUCCAGAUUGAACGAAACAUGCCACAGGCGAACAACGACUCAUUCCAAGAACAGAAAUCGAUUUCUCUAUGUGCGGGAUGCGACCAUCCCAUUCUGGAUAGGUUUAUACUGAAAGUGGUUGAUCGAGCCUGGCAUGCAAAGUGUUUGCGGUGUGUUGACUGCAACGCUCAGCUCACUGACCGGUGCUUUUCCAGGGACGGUGGGGUCUUCUGCAAGGAAGAUUUUUUCAAGCGAUUCGGCACCAAGUGCUCCUCGUGUGAGAAGGGCAUCGCCCCGACUGAGAUCGUCCGAAGAGCUCUCGACAACGUCUACCACCUCCAUUGCUUCUGUUGUAUCAUCUGCACACGACAACUUUCUACCGGAGACGAAUUCUUCCUCAUGACUGAUAACAAACUAGUUUGCAAACAAGACUACGAGGCGGCUAAAGCAAGAGGGAUUUGCCGAGAUCCACAAGUGCAUCUCAGUCAAGAACUCGAGAUGGAUAAUAGCAACAAGCGCCCCCGAACGACAAUCACAGCCAAACAACUGGAGACCUUGAAGACAGCCUACUCGAACAGUCCUAAGCCAGCGAGACACGUACGAGAACAACUCGCUCAAGAAACUGGCCUCGAUAUGAGAGUUGUCCAGGUCUGGUUCCAAAACCGUCGGGCGAAGGAGAAACGGCUCAAGAAAGACGCCAACCGCCAGCGAUGGGGUCACUACUUCCGGAACAUCAAAAGGGUCAACGAGGCGAGUAGUCCGGCCAGUGGUCCUGAACCUCUUGCGUCACCGGUCAAGCUGGAACCAUCCGAUCUGGACGAUACAACCGUCUUUGACGGUGAGCUGGCUUUUGAAGAUGAACACUCACCAAGCAUGCCUGAUCAUGGAACCCCGUUUCCGAACGAAAGACAUCAGCAUGGACCGCCCGGCGUACCCGUCUCUAGCCCGUACAUGAAUCACUGCGAAUCGUUUCUCUCUCCCCCACCAACCGCCCCUUCAGUGUCCGGUGGUUACCCUGUUAACAACCCCUCUCCAACCCUACCCGUUCAACUUUCCCCGAAUCACCUCACCAACGGCAUUGGUAUGCCGGGAAUUCCCUUCUCCGAAGCCGCCGGCAUCCCGGGGAUCAUGAGCGCCGCCAGCCAUGGCUUGGGAGAGGCUAUGCGUGCCGUCGUCAACCCAGGAGGUGAUAUGGGCGUGGUGACCCCUCCACCACCACCAGGAAGUUUUCACGAGGAGUUCCCCCACCCCCACCCCCACCCCGGUCCUUGGUUAGAGCAUCAUCCCCACCCUCAUCCACAGUCUCAUCCUCACCCCCACCCUCAUCCGCUCCCACAUCAGUAUUAAAAGAACGGUAUCCACACUCUGUGAACGACUGGACGCGCUUCAAGACGAGCGUGAAUGAACUCUAAGCAAGUGGAUGCUGAAGGAAUGAAUAUGCAUGAUAUGCAAAAUGACCACACUCUUAUUAUGGAUGAUUGAGCUCUGAUGGACUUUACAUAAUAGCUGCAUGGACUUUGCAAGAAUGGCGGCGGAAACAAUUUGUUGAUUAUGUCUAGUAGGCUCUUAUGAUCGAUGGUGACGACUGUCGGUUAAUAUUGUUAUCAAACAUUGUAUCAUAUAGCGUGCAAUUUGUCAAUGAAUUAAUCACAUAAAAUAUAUAAUUUUAAGUAAAUGAUUUUCUUGUGAUGUGAUGUUUUGCAAUGCCAUCAACUUCAGUUUGCCAUGUGUUUGUUAUGUAUGGAUUAUGUUUUGACUAAUCUAUUUCACUAUAUUUGCAAUUGAGUUGGACAAAAUGUGGUCAUCUCCUCCUUGAGUCUAACAAAAUGUAAUCCCAGUUAAUAUUGACCAUUAUUACUUGCCGUGCUAUGCAAUUCAUUCAGAAUGUAUAAAUCAACUCAUUUCUAUUGUAAAGUCGUUUUUCAAAACUGUGCAAUUUUUCUUUUUCCAAGAAGCAUUAUACAAUCACGGGGCUAUGCAAUAUGUGCUAUACAAAUUUCGACAAAUACGGGCAUUGUUCUCAUUAUGCCAGGUUCUGAUUUUU